AUGAGGUCUCUUAGUCUGAUAGCGACAGCUAUUUGCUGUGUAGUGGUUGUGCUUGGAGGACUACCCAUCUCCUCAGAUGCACAGCUAGAUCCCUCGUUUUACUUGAAAACUUGUCCUCAGGUUCAUUCAAUUGUUGUUGGAAUUUUAAGUGGUGUUUCUACAAAAGAUCCACGUAUGCUUGCAAGUCUCGUCAGGCUUCACUUUCAUGACUGUUUUGUUCAAGGCUGUGAUGCAUCAAUUUUGUUGAACAACACUGCUACGAUAGUGAGCGAGCAACAAGCAUUGCCAAAUAACAACUCAAUAAGGGGUUUGGAUGUUGUGAACCAAAUUAAGACAGCGGUGGAAAAUUCUUGUCCCGGCGUAGUUUCUUGCGCUGAUAUUCUUGCCCUUGCUGCUUCAGUAUCUUCUGCUCUGGCUCAAGGUCCUUUUUGGGUAGUUCCAUUGGGAAGAAGGGAUAGUUUAACAGCCAACCGAACCCUUGCAAAUCAAAACCUUCCAGCUCCUUUCUUCAACCUAACUACACUUAAAUCCUCCUUUGCUGUUCAAGGUCUCGACACUAAUGAUCUAGUUACACUCUCAG